AUGGAUGUUGGAGCUCCUGUUGAUGCACAAGUGUGUGAUAGUGGGAAAGGAAAGAGUAGAUCAUCAAGAAGAAAGAUCACAUAUGGCUACCACUUGGUAGAGGGAAAGACGCGCCAUUCAAUGGAGGAUUACCAUGUUGCCGAGUUUAAGAGGUUGGAUGACAACGAGGUCGGCUUGUUCGCCAUCUUCGACGGCCAUUCUGGUACCGACGUCGCGAGUUACCUCCGCGAGCAUCUGUUCGACGAUAUUCUGCAUGAACCAGAUUUUUGGAGUGAUACUAUGAAAGCCAUAAGAAGAGCAUAUCAUAGAACAGAUGGUAAGAUCUUGAAGAGGAAGGAGUGCGACGUUAGGAGAAGAGGCGGCUCAACUGCGGUCACAGUCAUACGGAUCAAUGGUGAGGCACUGGUGGUCGCGAAUGUCGGAGAUUCCCGCGUGGUGAUCUCCGAGGAUGGCGUGGCGAGGCAGUUGUCGGUCGACCAUGAGCCGCUUAAGGGGCAACAUGAGAUCGAAAGCCGAGGGGGUUUUGUGACCAAUGUGAGAGGAAAUCUGCCUAGAGUAGAUGGGCAACUAGCAAUGUCUAGGGCAUUUGGUGAUAGGACAUUGAAGGAGCACAUAAGCUCGGAUCCCGAUGUCAUGAGAGAUAUUGAUGAGGAUGAUGAGUUCAUCAUUUUAGCAAGUGAUGGUCUAUGGAAGGUGAUGUCAAACCAAGAAGCAGUGGAUACAAUCAAGGGCAUAAAGGAUGCUCAAAGGGCUGCAGUGGAGCUUAGUGAUGAAGCACUUACUAGGAAAAGCAAAGAUGACAUCUCCUGUAUUGUUGAUUGUUGUUCUCCUUCAGUGACAACCUUCUCUGUCCUCAGAGACAACAUAGAGUUAUCCCACUGUCAAUGGGCCUUGCCUGGGAGCCCAAGCUUUGGUCUCUUUUCAUGUGGUGUUUAG